GUCAACUCUGUGAAUUGCAAUACAAGCUGGAAAAUAGUCCUCUUCAUGAAAUGGAGUGAUAACAAAGAUGACAUUCUCAAAGGGGGGGAUGUGGUGAGGCUGUUCCAUGCAGAACAGGAGAAGUUUCUGACGUGUGAUGAGCACAGGAAGAAGCAGCAUGUCUUCCUGAGAACGACAGGGAGGCAGUCAGCCACCUCUGCCACCAGCUCCAAGGCCCUGUGGGAAGUAGAGGUGGUGCAGCAUGACCCUUGUCGUGGUGGUGCAGGGUACUGGAAUAGCCUCUUCAGGUUCAAGCACCUUGCUACUGGACACUACCUAGCAGCAGAGGUAAACCCUGACUAUGAGGAAGAUGAGCUGGAGUGUCAAUCCUCACUGGACCCUGAGCAGGAUGCCUCCAGGAGGGGCUUGCACAGUGCCCAGGAGAAGAUGGCAUACUCACUGGUGUCCGUGCCCGAGGGGAACGACAUCUCCUCCAUCUUCGAGCUGGACCCCACCACCCUGCGAGGAGGAGACAGCCUUGUGCCCAGGAACUCUUAUGUCAGGCUUAGACACCUUUGCACUAACACCUGGGUUCACAGUACCAAUAUCCCUAUUGAUAAAGAAGAGGAGAAACCUGUGAUGCUGAAGAUUGGUACUUCUCCAGUGAAAGAGGACAAAGAGGCUUUUGCUAUAGUGCCAGUUUCCCCUGCAGAGGUUCGGGACUUGGAUUUUGCAAAUGAUGCAAGUAAAGUUUUAGGUUCCAUUGCUGGCAAGCUGGAAAAGGGGACGAUAACCCAGAAUGAAAGAAGAUCUGUUACCAAAUUGUUGGAGGAUUUGGUCUACUUUGUUACUGGUGGAACUAAUUCUGGGCAAGAUGUCCUUGAAGUGGUAUUUUCUAAACCUAACAGAGAGCGGCAAAAACUGAUGAGAGAACAAAACAUUCUAAAGCAGAUUUUCAAGCUGUUACAAGCCCCGUUUACGGACAGCGGCGACGGGCCGAUGCUGCGGCUGGAGGAGCUCGGGGACCAGCGUCAUGCUCCCUUCAGGCACAUCUGCAGGCUCUGCUACAGGGUGCUGAGACACUCCCAGCAGGAUUACAGAAAGAAUCAGGAAUACAUUGCAAAGCAGUUUGGCUUCAUGCAGAAACAAAUUGGUUAUGAUGUCUUGGCCGAGGACACCAUCACAGCUCUGCUUCAUAACAACCGCAAGCUCUUGGAGAAGCACAUCACAGCUGCUGAGAUUGACACCUUUGUCAGUCUCGUGAGGAAAAACAGGGAGCCCAGGUUUUUGGAUUACCUCUCGGAUCUGUGCGUUUCCAUGAACAAGUCUAUUCCAGUGACACAGGAGCUGAUUUGUAAAGCUGUGCUGAAUCCAGCAAACGCAGACAUUCUCAUUGAGACCAAGUUGGUCCUCUCUCGGUUUGAGUUUGAAGAAGUGUCAAGUGGAGAAAAUGCCUUGGAAGUUGGAGAAGAUGAGGAAGAAGUGUGGUUGUUCUGGAGAGACAGUAACAAGGAAAUCCGCAGUAAGAGUAUCAGAGAGUUGGCUCAAGAUGCUAAGGAGGGGCAGAAGGAGGAUCGGGACGUGCUCAGCUACUACAGAUACCAAUUAAACCUCUUUGCUAGAAUGUGCCUUGAUCGCCAGUACUUGGCCAUCAAUGAGAUAUCUGGCCAGCUGGACGUGGACCUCAUCCUGCGCUGCAUGUCUGAUGAGAACUUGCCCUACGACCUGCGGGCGUCCUUCUGCCGGCUGAUGCUGCACAUGCACGUGGAUCGUGACCCCCAGGAGCAGGUGACCCCAGUGAAAUACGCUCGGCUGUGGUCUGAGAUACCUUCUGAAAUUGCCAUUGAUGA